AUGACCCUUCUGCUCUAUGCCAAUGACGUUCUCAGCAUGGCGAACAAGCUCCUGGACCUUGCCCACCUGCGCACCAGCGGCACCGAGCUACGCAAUUUGGACGCUAUGGCAGGGAACCUGCGCGUCAAGUCUUUGGAGGAGUGCAACAAGGACACAGUCAAUGCUUCCUUCUUUGGCGUUCAUUUUGGCCACAAGAUUGAAGAGCAAGAGCGCGGAGGUGUGAGGUAUGCCCUUAAGUCCAAGCAGUACCUCAACAAUGAAGACUAUGCCUUGCUCCACAAUCUCCAGCCUGGCAAUGCGCAAUUUUUUGACUUUGGCGAGAUGUCAGGGCCAACUACCCAGUCCAUUUGGGACGACUUUGGAUUGCUUUGGGAUGGCUUGACAUUGGUUUCUUCGCAGUGGAUGUUGAAAUUCAAUGCGCUCUUCCAGCUUGGUUUGGUGAUCGCAUCAGGAACGCAGUUUGACAAGAGCAUUCCACCUAUGAAUUCAUCUUCCCGGUCUCAAGACCAGGUGCUCAAGAAUGCCGCCGGUGCCGAUUUCUGCAAGCAAAGCUGCCAGCCUGUGGCUGCGAAGUGUGGAAGCUGGGCGCGCUCCAAACGAGACGAAUAG